AAUGUAUCCCCAAGUGGACGUACCCGCCGAGCUCGAGCCAAAGGCCACAACUGUGCGCCUCCUGCCCACAAAACAAGUUCAAGAUGCCACCGAUGAUGUGGUUGAGCCUAAGCCGAAGGCUAAGCCGCUACCCAAAUGGAAGCGCACUCUGCAACGGCACGUGCCCAUUGUCAACUGGUUGCCAACCUACAACAUGGAAUGCGGCAUUGAUGAUUUCAUUAGCGGCAUCACAUUGGGGCUCACCAUAAUACCCGAGAGCAUUGCCUGCGCUCUGCUCGCUGGCUUGCCAGCACGGUACGGCCUCUGCUCGGCCUUUAUUGGACCGCUAAUCUACGUUCUGUUUGGCUCCAUUGAUAAGGUUAUCAUUGGACCCACCAGCUUGGUGGCCCUUGUAAGUCUACAGUUUACCGUUGGCCGACCGAUCGAGUUUGCCAUUCUUCUCACAUUUCUCAGCGGAAUCGUCCAAAUAAUUAUGGGCACAAUGCGAAUGGGUUUCAUAUUCGAGUUUAUAUCGAUGCCCGUUAUAAAGGCCUUCUCCUCGGCGACCGCAGUGCUGGUAAUUGAGUCGCAAAUCAAAGUGUUGUUGGGCAUCAAGUAUUUGGUGGCCGGCCUGCUCAGCUCCGUCAGUACACUGACCUCUAGAAUCGAUGAGGCGAACAUGCCCGACUUGAUAAUGGGUGUGUGCGCCAUUGGGUUUCUAGUGAUGUUUGAGCUCCUCGAAAGGGUGGCACACAACGAGAAACUCGACCGGAAUCUGCGCAUCUGUUGCCGCUAUUUGUCCACCUCUCGGAAUACGUUGAUUGUGCUUAUUGGAGGCAUUGUUACGUAUAUUUGGCUGGGAAACUCGGAGCGGGUUCCCUAUGCGCUCAGCGAGAAUACGAUGUCCAGUCUGCCGAACUUUACGGUGCCGGAUUUAAGCAUUGAAUCGCCGGAGCGCAGCUACACCUUCUGGCAGGUGCUGUCGGAACUGAAUGUAGGCAUCAUUAUCAUUCCAGUGGUGGGCAUAUUGACGAACAUAUCCAUUGGCAAACUGACACCCAAGGGCUUGGUGGACACUAAUCUCGAGCUCUGCACCCUAGGCAUGUGCAACAUUUUCGGCUCCUGUGUGCAGGCCAUGCCCUCCUCUGGCGCCUUCACGCGUUAUGCCAUCAGCACGGCGUGUGGCCUGAAGACUCCGCUGGCCAAUUUGUAUUUGGGCGCUAUUGUGCUGCUCGCUCUCGGCUUCCUCAGCCCCUACUUCAACUACAUACCGAAAGCAACGUUGGCGGCCAUCCUAAUAUGCUCGAUUUUCACGCUCUUCGAUUUUAAGCUGCCGAUGCGUCUGUGGCGGGAGUCCAAACGGGACUUCUGCACGUGGAUGCUCUGCUUUUGUGUGUGCGUGCUGUUUGGGGUCGAGGUCGGCCUCUUUGUCAGCAUCAUUGUGACCGCUCUGCACUUGUUGUUCCUGUGGGCGCGUCCCGAGCUGGUCGUGAAGAUCCAGGAACUGGAUGAGCUGCAAUAUAUUUGUGUGACGCCGGGCAACGGUAUCUACUUUCCGGCCAUUAAUUAUUUACGCGAGCGCGUCCUCAAGGCCUGCGAGCAGGCGGAGUUCAAGAUCACAGUCGUUAUUGAUGGGCACAAGAUCACCGGAUUGGACUACACAGCUGCCCAGGGUAUUUCCAAGCUAUCCAGCGAUUUGUGCCGCCAGGCGGACGCGUCGAGCAGCACGCUGCUGAUCCUUUAUCGCUUUCCCGUCGAGCUUCAGCGCAUGAUUGAUCUCACCGAGAAUUUGGUCUUUUGCGAGAACGAGGCUAGAGUGCGGGAAUUCUUGACUCAGGAAUCGCUACGCAACGGCUUCAUUAACCUCAAGGAACACAUACGCGCCUCCAUCGAUCUGGGAUAUGCCGUCGAUAUAGAGUAGCAUUUAAUCAUAAGUAUUGUGUAUGAUGUCUCACCUCCUGUAUUAGCUCUUCUUUAUUUAUUUCAAGGUAAUUCGAUUUGCUUUGAACAUUUCAAUUCGCAAAUGCAUUUCUUUGACUCACCAACACACACACA